AUGUUUCAAUGUACACAAUGCGCCAAAUCCUAUCAAAGGAAGCCCCAUCUCCUUCGUCAUGAAGCAACUCCUGACAACCUUCCAGAUACAAGGCAGCUUACCUCCAGUUGCCCUUUCUGCAACAAGUCAUUCCAAAAAUCAGAGGUCACCAGGAGGCAUAGCAAAACCUGUGCAAAGAAGAAUAAUCAGCCCCUGCCUCCAGCAGCUAAACCAGGCAGAAAAAGGCAAUCCUGUGAUCUGUGUUUCUUUGCCAAGGCAUCAUGCGAUAGAAGUAUACCAUGCUCUCGCUGUCAAUCUCUUGGUCGUGAAUGUAUUUCUACUGUGCAGGGCACUCCUUCUGAGCCAAGCAGCUCUGCAAUCUCACUCCCGCCUUCUGUGAACACAUCCAGAGCUGUCUUGACAGGUAGUGGGCCGUUUUCUUUCCUCCGCCAUUUUGCCAAUCCCUCUGUUCAAAAGGAUAGGCUGGCAAUUGGAGAAACUGCAAAAUGCUCUGUUCGAAGAAAUCUCGAAACCCUCCAUUCCCAUAUCGAAGAUGCUCUCAUUCCAACCGAUCCUAUGUCGGGUUUUGGUGACUUUCAACUUCCAAACUUUCCUUUUCAAUUACCCACUACCCUACCCCCGUUCACAGAUGACUACCUGCUGGCCCAGUUUACGCCUGAUGCGCUCUUUCCUUCGAAGCUUUCCAGUCAAUUAUCCGAAAUAAUGACAGAGUUAGUCGAAACUUCGAAAUCGAUGAGUCUCGGAAGCACGGGAACACUAAGUCACCUGGAUUUUACGGAGCUUUCUGAUCUCUUGGAUGUCUCUCACAUCUCUGCUUCUAUAUCUGCGUUCUUCCAAUCCCUCCACUGGCAUUUACCGGUGGUGCACUUCCCAACCUUCGACCCUGGAAAUAUCUCCAAUCCUCUUUUACUUGCAAUCUUCUUGUCUGGUGCAACAUAUACCAUUCCACUAGAUGGGAGGGGUCUUCCAUCUGCGCUCUUUGAUGUCGCAGAAGAAUACAUAUUCCGACACAUCGCGGAUGUGUCAACGCUUACUUCGCCGAAGAGUCAAUCAACCAUACAGCUAAUACAGAGCGCUCUUAUCAUCGAAAUGCUUCAGUUCGGACGAGACAAUAUGCAGACUAGACGCCGCAUUCGCAUCGCCCGUCAUCCAUGCUUGGUAUCUACUAUACGGUCUUUGGGUAUAUUCCAGCUCAAACGGGGAGCCGCCCCUACAGGUUGCGACGAUCAUGCGUGGAGAGAUUUGGUAGCAGAGGAAAAUUGCUUGCUGGUAUGCUUCAAAAACCACCCUUCAAUAUCGGUCUUCGAGAUGGACUGUCACUUCCCCUGGAGUGCUGGGCUAUGGGAAGCCGAGAGUGCUUCUUCCUUCAGCAAAAUUGCCGUCUCGCACUCGACAGAGUUUCCACUCCCCCCACUGGGAGAUGUAGUUGCGCAACUACUUGACACCCCUCUGACUGCAGGCCCAAUACCCUGGGGUCCAUCAGUAUCGGUGGAGCAUCUCUUGAUUCUUAUAUAUGCCAUCAACUCCCUGGCAUUCCAAACAAGAGCAGGAGUCUUGAAAUACCUUUCUCUGGACAAAAUUCGCAAUGCGUCUGGUAAUUGGAAGCGCAUCUGGGAUUCUGUGAUCGGUCUCCUGGAUAAAGAUCAAUUUCUCAAUCUGGGGUAUCCGAAACAUGCCCAGGAGCUUUGGUGGUUAUUGAAUGCUACAUUGGAUGCGACUGGGAAGUCCGGCGCUAGACUCCAGUAUAUGGACAACACUGCUACCGAUGACUUGGGGAACUUGAACGACUUUAUUCAAUGGUGCUACCAAAGUGCGCCAUAG